CUCCUCCCUCCUGUCUUUCAGACAGACUGUUUUUGCUGCAUUGAACGGUAGCCGUGGAGAGAGGGAAAACGCAAGAAAAACAAGUAGCCGAAGAAGGAAGAUAAAAAAAAGUCAAUAUAGACAUAUCCAGAGAGACCUCAGAUCCAGCGCCAGCUAUCCUGCAUCACAAGGACCACUUCCAGACCAGAACCAACGGCGACAAAUAGUGCAGGACCCGGACUCCAGAAGCGUAUAUCGGUAAUACUCUGGUAACACUCCGGUGCUCCUCUGCCUACCCUCGUGAGGAUUCAUCGAGACGAACAAACGGAUCUGUGUGUCCAACCGACCAUGGCAUUCCCUUCUUACCCGGUCCCUGGUCUAUGGACUCUGAGCUUAUUGACACUACUGGCAGCCUCUGUUCAAAGCAACUUCAUCGUUUUUGACGAUGACCCCAUGCAGCCGGUGACCCAGGACGAGACGGUGUCGGUGGGCGGCACGGUGACCCUGACCUGCCGGGUGACAGAGAGCGACAACUCCUCCCUGCAGUGGUCCAACACGGCCCAGCAGACUCUGUACUUUGGAGAGAAGAGAGCUCUGAGAGAUAACCGUAUCCAGCUCCACCAGUCAACAGGCACAGAGCUGUCCAUCACCAUCGGAGACAUCCAGCUGUCAGACGAGGGGGAGUACACCUGCUCCAUCUUCACCAUGCCCGUCCGCACUGCCCGUGCCACCGUCACUGUGCUAGGUGUCCCUGGUAAGCCUCAGAUCUCUGGCUAUGAGGAUGCUGUGCAGGAAGGGGGCAAAGUCACCCUCACCUGCACCAGCUCCGGGAGCAAGCCUCCCGCCAAACUACACUGGUACAGGGACCAGAAGGAACUCACAGGUCGCCCUGAUGUGGUGGAGUCUAACCCUGGUGAGCCGACCUACACAGUGAUCAGUGAGCUGACUCUGACUGUGGGCCGAAGCGAUGAUAAUGCUCUGAUUGCCUGUGCUGUAGACCACCCUUCUCUGGCCCAUGGGGACAAAGGGAGCGAGCAACGCAUUAGAGUCCUGUUCACCCCAGACGUAACUAUCCAGCCUGAGAGUGAUCUGCCCAGAGAGGGAGGAAAGUUCCACCUGCAGUGCAUUGCCAACGGAAACCCAGAGCCUAUCUCGUACGUGUGGCAGAAGAAGGAUGGAGAGCUCCCCCCGCUGGCCAAGGUGGAUGGUAGUGUCCUGCGCUUUGAGAUGCUCAACAAAUCAGACAACGGCAUCUACCUUUGUCAGGCCGACAAUGGCAUCGGGAAGGUGCAGGGACAGUACACACUGUUGGUGCAAGACCUGACAGAUGAUUCAGACUACCUCUUCCCUACCUCUUUCUAUCUACCCUCCUCUUCUCCGACUUCUGACUCCCCCCCUCCUUCUCUUUUUCGUGAUUCUUUCUCUCAAUCCCCAUCCCUUAUGUCAACAAUGUCUGGAACCGGGUCUGGGUUGUCUGCCUCCACAUCCCUACCUGCCACUUCUCCUCCUGUUAUCUUCUCCUUCUCUAUCCCUUACCCAUCUGACCUUACUAUCACCCCUUCCCCUUAUCCCUCCUCUUCAUCCCCCUCUACCUCUUCUCCCUCUCCUUCUCACUCUCCUCCUCCUGCCAAUGUUCCAUCUACCUCUCUUUCCAACUCUCUCUUCCCUGAUCUUCCACUGUCUCACGAACCCCUUCCCCCUUCCUCCUCUGACUCCUCCUCCCCCUCUUCUUCUUCCUCCUCUUCUUCCCCUCCUCCUUCCAGCUUUACUCAUUCUGUCGCUCCCCCCUACUCUGUCUCCCUCACUCCCUCCUCAGUUCCCAUACAGCUGAAUGGAGUUUACAGUUUCACAGAUGGUCCAGACAACAUUGCAGACCCCACUGCCAUGUCUACCUCUUCAGGAGUGGACCAUGCUGUGAUUGGAGGAGUGGUGGCAGUCAUCGUCUUCAUCCUGCUCUGUCUGCUCAUCGUCUUGGGCAGAUACCUCAUCAGACACAAAGGGACAUAUCUUACCCAUGAGGCCAAGGGCUCCGAUGACGCUCCCGACGCCGACACGGCUAUCAUCAACGCUGAGGGCGGCCAUUCCGGAGCAGAGGACAAGAAAGAGUACUUCAUCUAGGGAGGGGUCGUGAGGGGGGAGAGGAACGCCUCCAUUUGUCUUCACAAGCUUCAGUUCUUCACAGCAGCCAGAGGGGGAGGAGUAGGGGACAGACAGACAGGGAAAUGGUGAAAUAUAAGAUUUGCAAGUACUGAGACUGACAGGAAAAACAGAAAAGCUUCACCUGGUAGACCUGCAUUGAAAACAGUGCGAUUAUUUGCACUUAUAUACAUGACUUCCUCAUGUCCACUGACACACACACACACACACACACACACACACACACACACACACACACACACACACACACACUACGUGUUACUGACACACUGUUACGAGAUACACAUCCUGUUCAUGCUCACUUGAACAUACAAACAGGCACAUGUACAUGUAACAGGAUCAUAGUAAUGCAAAGUAAUGUUUGAUUUCUUAAUUUAAGAGGAAAAACAUUUUUUAUACAUGCAUAUACAGUACAUAUAUUCAUGUCUCAUUAACAUUCAACUGUCAGUGACACAAAUGCAAAAUUGUACUCCACAUAUUAUUGCAAAAAUGUAAUUCACAUUCCAGCAUGUUAUGCUGAAAUACAGUUUCUGAACCCCAAACACUGUCCCCCACCCAUUUAUCCAUACCAUUCCUCCCACUCAUCUGUCUUUCAUUUUCAUUUUUUCUCUCUAUUCUAUCACUCCCCACAUAGACUACUACAGACCAGGACAGACUCUAUAUGACAUUCUUCUGUUCAGAAAUCUGUCUAAAAUCAAUCAACAACAACUGCUGUACAUAACCUCUCUCUCUUUCCCAUCUUUCUCUGUCACACACAAACAAACAAACAAACAGACAAAUACAACCCCUAUUCCCUACAUAGUGCACUACUUUUGAACAGGGUCCAUUGUAACAUGAAGGCAACAGAAUCGAAACACAUGACAAUACAAUGCAACAGGGGUUCUCGAAGUAUGAAUAUUACUAACAACAACAGAUGAAACUCAUUUUGGCCAAGAGAUCCGUGGAAUAAGUUUAGAGGGUGUAAUACAGUACAUGUAAUAAUAUGGACCCCCCCAAAUGUUUUUUUUUUUUUUACAUAAAUGCACUGUAAUUUAAGCUGUAAAACUGCUAAAUUCUCAUGUCAACAUUUGUAGAAUUUUUAAAGCUGCAACAACAAAGAUCUCUCUGCCCCAUGAUGAAAUGUGUAGAAUUGCAAGAAAUUAGCUUGAAAACUUCUAUCUUUUCUCUCCGAUGCCAAGAGGUGGGCCUUUAAAAUGUUGCUUUCCAGGGCCCGAAAAAUGGUUUGGUCCAGUCAUGCACUGCCGAAGUAAAAGUCAUCGUAUGCUAUAUUUCUCUAACUCGAGUUGUGUUCUGAUUAUGAAUUCACAAGAGGUCCCCGGAUACAAUACGAUACAAUACAACCCCUACACUACCACACAACACACCCCAUGCAAAAACAGCAUCCCUGUAUGGUCACAGUGCGGGAUUCCGAUAUAAAUAUAUAAAUAUAUAUAUAUAUAAUUAUAUAGCAUUCUUUUUACUCAGAAAACAAACAAAAAACGUUUGGUGUGCUGUAAAUACACUAUAAUUUCCCCUCUCUCUCUUUCUCGCUCCUCCUCUGUCUCUCUCUAUCUCCUCCUCCUCCUACCCUACAUCUCCUCCUCUCUCUCUCUUUAUCUCCUCCUCCUACCCUACAUCUCCCUCCGUCUGUUACUAACUGCCGUACAGUAUAUAAUCUAAAGCCUGCCUGUUUUUACUAAUGCUGAGUGAAAAAUAUCAAUAUCUCGGAAAAUGUGUGUUGCAAUGAAAACCUAAAAGUACUACAAAUAUUUGUAUGAAUACCGUUUGGAUCCUUCUGUUUUGAUUGUUUUGUUCUGGUGUUUACUUACUGUCAGUGUUAACAGUUUUCAGUGUCUGUUGGUCAGUCCAGGAGUUCAUAUUGUUAUGAUUUCAUUAUGAUUAGUGAUUAUGACUAUCUAUUUUCUUUAUUUCCGUUGUUAUCCCUGAGGGAUACUGUAGUAGCUCUAAUGAAUAUAAUUAUACCACAUCGCUUCUAUCCUGCUGCUGCAUUCUGGAAUGCUCUCUCUGGCCAACCACCAGCCACUAAACGCAUGCUAUAAUGACAUCACUUCAUGUAAGAGGCUAAUACAGUCACUGCACCUUUUAAAAUGACAUCAUUCCCUGCAAUCUAAUAAAAGAGUCCAGCCAGGCUUGCAGGCAGCAGUUAACCAGGGUACAGUUCAGUGGGCAGGGCACUCUCUCUGCUUCAGGCAUGCAUACUGACACUGAACUUCAUCUCUCUCUCUCUCUGUCUCUCUGCCCCCCCUCUCUCUCGGCCCCCCUCUCUCUGUCCCCUCUACCCCUCUCUAUAAUUAUCUGCACCCCCCCUCUCUCUAUCUCUCUGACCAUCCUUCCAUCUCUUUGACCUUUCUCUUAAUUUUCAUUAUCAGUCUCCCACACACACUCAGAAAACACAUUUAAAUAACUUCAUAGCUAGCUAGAGCAUUACUAGAUUUGCUCGUUCAGCGAGCUAUUGUCUGAUGCGACCGGCCAGCGCGCUAGCCUGACGUCUGGACUGGACACCAGGGGUCCGUUCUGUUGCUGUUGUUAUAGAAUUGUUAAUUCCGUCUGUGAUAGUUUUGUACACCUAGGGAAUGAUCAGGGAUUGCUUCUAUCUCAUCCCCCAUUGCCAUUUUGCCACCGGGCUGUUGUGAAUGGGAAUAGCCACAGAGGUAAUAUCUAAUAUCUAAUAUCUAUGGCUACUUCUGUGACUGCAUGGCAGCAAAAUUGAGCCCUCUAUCCAGCUCUAUGCGAUCUCUAUGGGAGUAGGUAAUCUAGUGAGUCUGCUGUCGUAAUAAGCUACGGUAUACAGCCUCUCUGGGGAGAGAAAGAGAUGUCUGCAGACGAAAUGGGAGCGUGGUGUCAGUCACUCACAAUGUGUUUAUUUGGCUCGCUCACUUUCUUAAGAGAGGAGUUUCCAUUUGGUGAGUUGCAUUUUCUAAGUAAUCCCAGUCGUACGUAACCUUUGACCUUUCAACUGAUGAGGAGUUGGAACCAGGAAUGUCUGUCUACUCCACGGAAACGAAGGAUAAUAGUAGACCUACUUACUGGAUGUUUCCAACUGGACCUGUAUUUGCUCAUAUCUAUCGUCCUGUCCUAGCUCUAGAAGAUCGCAUGAAAUGUCUGCAUGAGAAAAGAAGGUGGAACACACUAUAGCUUUGACCAAACAUGAGAACAUGAAAACCGUUGUUGACAAGCCCCUAUAUGAGACGACCAACCGACUGAUGGAGGUGUUUGACGGCUUGUCCAUAGAAUUAGAAUAAUUCUAGCCAUAUGGGCUUUCCCUACUCCCCAGUCUGCAGACAUCUAUUAUAUUCUAGAACACUCCACGCUUUAGAACGCAUUGCAUUUGUGUGCAGUUACAGCUUUCUGCCACCAGGUGUCAGUGACGAGCAGCUGUUUUUCUUGCUUUGAACACACUGUCUUACCCCUAUCACCUGUCCACCUUUCUGCUCUCUUUUCUGUACCAUUGUUGGCGGAAUGCUCUUUCUCCACUGCUCUCUCUCUCUCUCUUCUUAUUUUGUAGUAUGUUAUCUUGAAGAAUAGAUUUAAAAAUGUUUAUUUUUCAAAGAAAGGUGUGCAUACUUUUAAAUGUAUUACUUUCAAUUCAAUUGCUAAUCUUUUUUUUCUUUUUUUAUAAAUAGAUGUUCAAUAUUUUAAGGUUAGAGGGUAGUUUGGCGUAUCUUAUUGUUUCGACAGUCCACCAUUUUUAUAUAAUUUCAUGUAUAUAGUGUUGCCUUUACUGGUUAUUUUUACAAGCACACUGAUACACACUCACACACACAUGUGCAUGAGGUACAUGUAGUCUGUGACUACAGUGUGUUUGUGUGUGCCUGUGUGUGCCUGUGUAUGUGUAUGUGUGUGUGUGUGUGUGUGUGUGUGUGUGUGUGUGUGUGUGUAUGUGUGUAUAAUGAUUGACCCAAACAGACUCUGGAGACACUGGAUGCGUCCCAAAUGGCACCCUAUUCCCUAUGUACUGCACUACUUUUGACCAGGCCUCAUAGCCCUUCCCAUAGGGCUCUGAUCAAAAGUAGUGCACUAUAUAGAAAAUAGGAUGCCAUUUGAGAACGUAGACACUAUCUGUUAUUUUCCACAAAAUAUUAUUUUAAUGACGAGUCUACUUUGUUAGCGUUCUUUUUGGAUGAUAAGUCUUCCUUUUGAAUAACUAUCCAUAUCACAUGGGAAUAGUGCUGUCAUGGAUGUUACCUAAUUUGUACUAUUGCUAAUGAUGUCAUCAAGGUGGGACUGCACUAUGGUGAUGAUGUCAUAAUGCUGAGUUCUGUCUCCGUUGGCUGUUCUGAUCGUUCAUACAGUAUUAGCUUUUUUGUUACUAUACCGAUUCAGUUGUUGACUUCAAAUAAACAUGCAUUUGGGUUAACUUCA